AUUGCUUCUGAGUGAAUUUUAAAAUAUUUUGUAAAUUAAUAUAUAUAUUUAAGCUUAAUUAAAGCAUAAAAAAUUAUUAUACACUAUUAGAAAAUCCAUUCCAAUUUACGUCAUCGAUUAAGUUUAAAAGCUCAAAACACAAUGCAAAGAUUUACAGGAGUUAAAUCAGGUGUUUUGGAUCUAAACCAACAACUGAAGUUAAUUAACUUGGAAACAACACAAAUCAUUGGCAAGCAAAAGAAGGAAAUCCAAAAUCCAAAACUAUUCUUACCCGUCAGCUGUAACUUAAAUUUCAACGAAGAUCAUAUUCAGUUUAUGCUAGAUAUUCACAGUGAUGAAUUAAAGGAUCUAAAGAUCCAAAAACCAACAGUUCAUUUCAAGUUUUCUGAACUCAGUCCAGUCAACAUUCCUGUGGUUUCAAGUCAACAAAAGCGAGACGGUAGUGUCUGCACAAUCAUUAUUAAAGCUAACUUCAAGGAUCGAUUGCUUUAUUUGUUCCAGACAGAUCAGAAGGAAUUUUUGUUGACUAUUGUCUAUUCUGAUAAGGAUAAAAAGAAAUAUACAUCCUCAUACUCAAUGUCACUACCAAAGAUUGAUAAUCAGAAUGCAAGACCUGCAGAAAGAAAGUUCAUCGAGGAUUUUAAUGCUGAAGAUCUAAAAUGUGGAAUUGAACUAAAAAAAUUGUUUGAGUCUAAUUUCAUUGCUUAUUCAGGCAUAACUCAAAACGCUCAUGAUCUCCUUAAUUCAUUAAAACGCUAUGAAGCUGCAACUGUCGCAGAUCGAUUUAGCAAAUUCAAUUUUCUUGAUAUGUUCCAAAAUAUGAUCGCAAUUGAGGAUUUGGAAUGCAUAAAACAAAUUUACGGAUAUGGAUUGGAUUAUGCGAACAUUGUUAGAUACAAUAACUGUUCAGCUUGUGUAAAACAGAACGCAAAAAAGCAAGUUGGGGAUAUUAUGGACGAUGAAGAAUAUACUAGAAAGAUUCAUCUUAUACAGGCUAAAAAGAAGCUGUCUAUUGAUGUCAUGGAGUUUUGUGGUGUUUAUAUUUACGAACAAUCAGAUUACAAAACAUAUAAAAAUGACACCAAAAAGUUGAUUGACUUAAGAAUGGAUGGCAAGAUUGAGCAUAUAUUUGAUGACAUAAUAUUGGUCAAGAUAUUUCGUUCGAAAGGAUCCAAAAAGCAGUCAAGUAUUCGUGUUGAAAAUUCUUACCAUAUUGAGUUUGUUCCAAACAGAGUUUCUAUUCGGACUGCUCAACGAGCAGUUGAGGACAUGAAGAAUAUGGAUAUGGGCUCGUACUUACAGAAUUUUGAGACAACAAAUGUCUUAAAAAGAGGCUCGAAUGAGAAAUUUAAGGAUUUGAAGUGGUUUAGCUCAACAAUCAAUACUAAUAAGGAACAAAUGAUUGCUGUGGAAAACAUUGUCAAUUGUACAAGCUUUCCAUCGCCAUUUAUUAUUUUCGGAGGUCCAGGAACCGGAAAAAGUACAACAAUCGUCGAAGCUAUUGCACAAAUCGUUAAAAUGAAGCCAGACAGUCAUGUAUUAUUUACAGCCGGUUCUAAUUCCACUUGUGAUGAUAUUGGAAAUCGUCUAGCAAAGCAUGUGUCUAUCAAUAAGAUCCUACGAAUUUAUUCUCCAUCAUUUGACCAAAAGCAGGAAAAGAUUGAUAAAUUUCUUCGUGAUAUCUCCAAUUUUCGUAGAAUUGGAAAAAGUAGAGGAUUUUCAAGCAAAGAUCCUUCUUACAUGGAAUUUAUGACAGCUCGUGUUAUUAUUGUGACUAUAGUAAGUGCUGGACGUAUUAUUAAUGCUGGAUAUCCCGCAGAUCACUUUGAUUACAUCUUCAUUGAUGAAGCUGGAUUUGUCAGUGAGCCAGAAUCUUACAUUCCAUUAUCUGGUUUAGGAUUAUCAAAGAAAGGUGUUCAUGCUCAAGUUGUUUUAGCUGGAGAUCAUAAGCAACUAAGACCCGUUGUAACAAAUUCGUUUGCAAAGGAUAUGGGAUUGGAAACAUCUCUCAUGGAACGUUUAAUGGACAACGACAAAAAGUACAAGUGUACCAAUAAUGGAUAUGAUCAUAAAUUUGUUGUUCAACUUAAGCAAAAUUAUCGCAAUCAUCCAGCAAUUAUGCAAUUUUCAAAUGAACAAUUCUAUGACAAUCAACUAGUCUCGAUGCGAACUGAUAGACUUAAACACAAAUUGAUUACCAAUGAAGAGUUUCCAAUCAUUUUUCAUGCGAAUAAAUCGUUUUCUAAAGAAGUUGGAACCAGUUUAAAGAAUGAAGGUGAAUUGUUCAUUAUGAAGGUAUAUAUGCAAGUACUUUUAGGAGGUAGUAAGGCUAAAGGAGCCAUUAGAAGUCAUGUUGAACAAUCAGAUAUCGGAAUAAUCUCACCUUAUAGUGCACAACGCAAUAGAAUGAUUGAAAUGUUUAGUAAAACAUAUCCAAAAGUUGAAAUCGGAACUGUCGACUCAUUUCAAGGUCGUGAGAAGAAAAUCAUCUUUGUUAGCUGUGUACGUUCUGGAACAAAUCAUGUUGGAUUUUUAAGCAAUGAAAAGCGCUUAAAUGUUGCAUUAACUCGAGCUCAAUCAUUGCUAGUUGUUAUUGGAAACGUAAAGACACUCCAAAAGUCAGAUAUUUGGCAUAAAUUUAUUGUUUAUUGUCAUGAAAAUAAGGCACUCGUUGGUGAUUUAAAGGAAUUCAGUCGUAAAAAGUCUGCUGCUAAGGAUGAAUUAUCCAAAGAUGAUAUUGUCGAAAUGCUAAGGAAUUUAAAACUUCAUUAGCAUCGAUUGAGAUUUCGAGUCAUAUUUUUUACCACGUUUUUCUUAACUUGCUUUCUUGUCUUUCUGUCUUUCUGUUUGUCUUGGUCAAAUCUUGCAAUCAAUUUUUCGACCACUUCUACUGCUCCAAUCGAGCUGAAAUUUUGCAUGCACUUAUAUUUCCGAUGACAAUACAAUAUUUUAACACUUUGGAAACACAAAAAUGCUUAAUUAUAGUACAAUUUAUGUAAAAGUUUUUUAUAUGGGAAAAAAUCCAAUGUCAAUGAUAUAAAAUUUUGAUUUGUAUUAAAUAUUAUACAUGUGAUGCUCUAAAGUCAUUU